AUGGUUUACACUCCUGGCAGCCGCAAUGGUUGGAGAAACAUUGAAAAAUUCUAUCUUAAAUUUGAUAAUCUUAAUAAUAAACCUGCUGGAAUAUUUGUGAAUGGAGCUCUUCACUGGAUGCACAAAAAAGCAGAGAUGAUUCUGGUCUUCGAUUUGGCUAAUGAGACCUUUGUUGAACAUCUUGCAGCACCUCCUUUGCCAACGGACGGUUCUUUAGAUUUUGGAGUUGUGGGUGGGGUUUUAUUUUGUGCGCAUAGAUAUUUCUGUUCAGUCACUAAACAGUUCUCAUGUUAUAAUAUAUGGCUAUACAAAAAGAAGAUAGAUAAUUAUAAUAUGAAAGAACACCAGUCAUUGGGUUGGAGCCUAGAGUUUACAGCUGCUUGUCACAGGCCGUUAGCAUUUACUAAGAGUGGUGAUGUCUUAGGUUACAGUUCCAGCCUUCUCGAGGUCUAUGACCCAAAAACUUUAACCUCUAAAGUACUGGUGGAGUUUAAGCAACUAUUUUGUCAAGUAUUCGCUCACAAGAGAAGUUUUGUUUCUUUAAAAGACCUAGGGGAAGAAAGUACAAAAAUAAUGCAGUCAGUAUAA